UCCCGGGGGGGCGGGGCCUGCCGAGUCCGCGGCGUUCCCCGGCUGCAGCCGGGAGGGGGCCGAGGAGUGACUGAGCCCAGGGCUGCGCAGUCCGACACUGACUGGGGCACAAGCGGGCGACGCUGGGCCUGCAGCGCGGAGCAGAAAGCAGAACCAGCAGAGUCCUCCCUGCUGCUGUGUGGACGACACGUGGGCACGGGCAGACGUGGGUCCUGUGACCAGCUGCACUGGUUUUGUGGAAGGAAGCUCCAGGACUGGCAGGAUGGGCUCAGCCUGUAUCAAAGUCACCAAAUACUUUCUCUUCCUCUUCAACUUGAUCUUCUUUAUCCUGGGUGCAGUGAUUCUGGGCUUCGGGGUGUGGAUCCUGGCCGACAAGAGCAGUUUCAUCUCUGUCCUGCAAACCUCCUCCAGCUCGCUCAGGAUGGGGGCCUACGUCUUCAUCGGCGUGGGGGCAGUCACCAUGCUCAUGGGCUUCCUGGGCUGCAUUGGUGCCGUCAAUGAGGUCCGCUGUCUGCUGGGGCUGUACUUUGCCUUCCUGCUCCUGAUCCUCAUUGCCCAGGUGACGGCCGGGGCCCUCUUCUACUUCAACAUGGGCAAGCUGAAGCAGGAGAUGGGCGGCAUCGUGAUGGAGCUCAUUCGAGAUUACAACAGCAGUCGCGAGGACAGCCUGCAGGACGCCUGGGACUACGUGCAGGCUCAGGUGAAGUGCUGCGGCUGGGCCAGCUUCUACAACUGGACGGACAACGCUGAGCUCAUGAAUCGCUUUGAGGUCACCUACCCCUGUUCCUGCGAAGACAAAGGGGAAGAGGACAACAGCCUUUCCAUGAGGAAGGGCUUCUGCGAGACUGCGGGCAACAGGACCCGGAGUGGCAACAAAACUGAGGAGUGGCCUGUGUACCAGGAGGGCUGCAUGGAGAAGGUGCAGGCGUGGCUGCAGGAGAACCUGGGCAUCAUCCUCGGCGUGAGCGUGGGCGUGGCUGUCAUUGAGCUCCUGGGGAUGGUCCUGUCCAUCUGCUUGUGCCGGCACGUCCAUUCCGAAGACUACAGCAAGGUCCCCAAGUACUGAGGCAGCUGCUGUCCACAUCUCCCUGCCCGGCCCCUGACCUCAGGGCUCCCAGGGGUCUCCCUGGCUCCCUCCUCCAGGCCCGCCUCCCACCUCACUGCAAAGACCCCCUUGCCCACCCUGACUGAAAGUAGGGGGCUUUCUGGGGCCUGGCGAUCUCUCCUGGCCUAUCCGCUGUCAGCCUUGAGCCCUGGCUGUUCUAUGGUUCCUCUGCUCACUGCUCAUCAGGGUUCUCUUAGCAACUCAGAGAAAAACGCUCCCCACAGCGUCCCUGGCGCAGGUGGGCUGGACUUCUACCUGCCCUCAAGGGUGUGUGUAUAUUGUAUAGGGGGCAACUGUAUUAAAAAUUGGGAGGGGGGGGGCCGGGCACGGUGGCUCACGCCUGUAAUCCCAGCACUUUGGGAGGCCAAGGCAGGUGAAUCACAAGGUCAGGAGUUUGAGACCAGCCUGGCCAAGAUGGUGAAACACCGUCUCUACUAAAAAUACAAAAAUUAGCCAGAUGUGGUGGCGGGCCCCUGUAAUCCCAGCUACUCAGGAGGCUGAGGCAGGAGAAUCUCUUGCACCUGGGAGGUGGAGGUUGCAGUGAGCCGAGAUCGUACCACUGCACUCUAGCCUGAGCAAUAAGAGCAAAACUCCAUCUCAA